CAUUAAGUAAUGUUGGGCCGAACACUUACGAUCAAAACAACAAUAAGCGCGGAAUUAUUUCUUCUUUUUUUUGCAAUAUUUUUAGCUGUCGGAAAAGUAAUUUUUUUUGUACAUUAGGUCGCGAAAUAAAUAAGCUGUAGACAUUAGACCCGAGCACUAAUACUAUUCAAAUAUUCUUCCGCUGUGAAUUGUGCAAAUAUUUUAGAAACUUUGAACCAAUUAUUCAUUGAAAAUGAGUUUCGUUUAGUGUAAACAUGUGCGUAUAAUUUCGAUGAGAAAACCGUUACUAUUCCGACGCAUCGCAAGAUUUCUAUAGUGAAUAAGAAAAAAAAACAAACAAACAAACGAAAACUUUUGUUACCAUGACUUACCAAACUCAUAAUAUCAACGCUGGCUAUUCAAACGUAUGGCAGCGUCGGACAACUUUGGAGAAGGUGUUACUAACUUUCUAUGUGAUACUGGGUGCAAUCGCUGUGACGUCACUCGUCUUUUAUUUCAUUGUAUUCAAUGGAAGUGCAGGUAUGGCAUUGUGUUUCACGAGCGGUUGCAUUACGGCCGCAUCGCAUGUACUAAACGCCAUGGAUACAACAAUUGAACCAUGCAAUGACUUUUAUCAAUUUACAUGCGGGAAUUUUGUUAAAAAUACAUACAUUCCGGAUGAUAAGCUAACGGUUGAUACAUUCUCAACACUCGCCGACGAAAUUGAUAUUCAAUUAAGAACAAUCAUCGAAGAUGAAAUUGCUCCGAAGGAAUCGAAUGUGUUUGCAUUAGUGAAGAAUCUACACAAGUCGUGUAUGAAUCGAACGGCCGUCGAAGCAUUCGGUUUGGAACCAUUCAGACAAAUUUUACGCCAAAUUGGAGGCUGGCCAGCUGUUGAGGGUGAACAAUGGAAUGAAACGAUAUGGGAUUGGAUUGAAUCAAUACGUGAAAUGAGAGAAAUCGGUUUAACCACUAAUUACUUGUUGGCUACUUCGAUUGGAGCUCAUUUGAAGAAUUCAUCGACCAGAUCGUUGAGGGUUGAUCAGCCGGAUUUUGGCUUAGCUCGUGAGUUUUUGCUCAACGAAAAAGACCCAAUGCUUCAGCACUAUUACGACUAUAUGGUAGACAUAACGGUUAUUUUUGGAGCCAAUGUAAGCACAGCCCCGUAUGAACUAUUGGAUGUAUUGAAUUUUGAACGCGCAUUAGCCAAUAUUUCCUUACCAGCCGAAGAGCGACGCGACGGGGAAUCUCAAUUCAAUCCUUAUACUAUUAGUGAAUUAGAAACAAAAUACCCGCACAUCCGGUGGACAGAUUACUUUAGCGCUAUAAUGCCCAAGGAAAUGAAGUUAUCUAGCACAGAAGUGGUUGUCGUUGUUUCACCCAUUUACUUUGAGCGCUUGGCGUUUAUUCUGCAAAACACAACGAAGCGUACGAUUGCCAACUAUUUUGCAUGGCGAUCGUUCAUUGUUUCAUCGAAUUUCCUCAAUGACCUGGUUCGCAUACGGAAAAUUCAAUAUCUCUCUGCGAUGACUGGUAAUGGUGAUGGUCAACCGGGUCAGAGCGGCACGUCGCAGUGGAAAGAGUGCAUCUCUUAUACAACAUCAACACUUUCGCCGGCAGUCGGGGCUCUUUAUGUGCGAAAAUAUUUCAACGAUAAAACCAAAGGACAUGCUGAAGAAAUUGUGGAAAACAUUCGAAGUUCUUUCAUUGAAAUGUUACACAAAGUCACAUGGAUGGACGAGAAAACUAAAAAUGCUGCCAUUGACAAAGCGACCAAGCUAACGGCACACAUUGCCUAUCCCAAAGAGUUAACAAACAACACCAAAUUAGAGGAAUAUUAUUCGUCGCUGGAGAUGAAAGACGAUGAAUAUUUAAUGAAUGCAUUACGUUUGAAUAAAUUUAAAGCGGAAUACGCUCUUCGCGAACUAUACGAUCCAGUCAAUAAAAAUGAUUGGCUCGCACAUGCUACACCAGCCAUGACGAAUGCAUUUUAUUCAGCAUUGGAAAAUAGCAUUCAAUUCCCGGCGGGUAUACUUCAAGGCAAAUUUUUAUCCGAACACCGGCCAAAUUACAUGAAUUACGGUUCAAUAGGCCAAAUUAUCGGUCACGAAAUCACGCAUGGUUUCGAUGACUUGGGCCGUCAAUUCGAUUUGAAUGGCAAUUUAAAAGAUUGGUGGUUACCGGAAACCAAGUCAAAAUUCCUUAAUCGCACACAAUGCAUCACUGAGCAGUAUGGAAAUUUUACGGAACCAAAAUUAAAGAUGCCAGUUAACGGUAAAUCAUCGUUGGGCGAAAAUAUUGCUGACAAUGGCGGUAUGAAGAGUGCCUAUUUUGCUUAUAAGAAAUGGACUCAAAAAAAUGGUGCCGAACGAAGAUUGCCCGGACUACAGCAGUACACAGCAGAGCAAAUGUUUUGGAUUGCAGCUGCUCAGACUUGGUGCUCUGCUAGUCGUGACUGGUACACAAAGAUGGCCAUAACCGUUGACUCACAUGCACCAAGUCGAUUCCGUGUCAUUGGCUCCGUGAAAAAUAACAAAGAGUUUGCAAAGGAUUUUAAUUGUGCGUCUGGAACGCCGAUGAAUCCAUCGAAAAAAUGCGAAAUUUGGUGAUUCUCAGUUAAGUUUGACUCAACUCGAUUUUAUGAGUUAAAUGCAGUAAAUAGAUUAUUAGAAAUACUAGGAAAAUAUUGUGAAAUGUUUAUUAUAAAAUGCCGUAAAUUAAAUAAGUUUGAGAAAA